AUGGCCGCGGAGAAGAAGAAGCUCUGGGGCGGACGCUUCAGCGAGGACAUCGACCCGCUCAUGGAGAAGUUCAACGAGUCGCUGUCGUUCGAUCGAAGGAUGGCGCAGGAGGACGUCCGCGGGAGCAUGGGCUACGCCCGAGCGCUCGCGAAGACGGGCAUCAUCACGGACGCGGAGCGCGACGCGCUCGUCGACGGCCUCGACCUCGUCGCGAAAGAGUGGGCCGCCGACGCGUUCGAAGUCGUUAGCGGCGACGAGGACAUCCACACCGCGAACGAGCGACGCCUCGGCGAGCUCAUCGGCCCGGUCGCGGGCAAGCUGCACACGGGGCGGUCGCGGAACGAUCAGGUGGCGACGGACACGCGAAUGUGGUUGCGCGCUCAACUCCUCGUCCUCCGCGGAUACCUCCGGCAGCUCAUCGCCGUCGCGAUCGAGCGCGCGGAGAGCGAGGUGGACGUCGUCAUGCCUGGGUUCACGCACUUGCAGUCCGCGCAGACGGUGCGGUGGAGCCACUGGUUGUUAUCGCACGCCGCGGCGUGGCAGCGCGACGACAUGAGAAUCGCGGACCUCCUCCCUCGCGUCAACACGCUCCCUCUCGGUAGCGGCGCGCUGGCGGGUAACCCGUUCGGGGUGGACCGGCGAGCGCUCGCGGUGGACUUGGGGUUCGAGCGCGUGUGCCCGAACAGCAUGGACGCGGUGAGCGAUCGCGAUUACGUCGCGGAGACGAUGUUCUGGGCGUCCACGACGAUGAUUCAUCUCUCGCGGUGGAGCGAAGAUCUGAUCAUCUACAGCAGCGGUCAGUUUGGCAUGGUCAAGCUCAGCGACGCGUACAGCACCGGGUCGUCGCUCAUGCCGCAGAAGAAGAACCCGGACGCGCUCGAGCUCCUGCGCGGGAAGUCUGGGCGGCUGUUGGGGACGCUGACCGGGUUCAUGGCCGUCAUGAAGGGGACGCCGACGACGUAUAACAAAGAUUUUCAAGAGGCGUGGGAAGGUUUGUUCGACACCGUGGACACGAUGUCCGACUGUCUGCAGAUCGCGACCGGCUGCCUCGCGACGCUGAAGAUCGACCCGGCGGCGAUGGAGCGCGGGCUCAGCGCGGACAUGCUCGCGACGGACCUCGCGGAGUAUUUAGUCAGGAAGGGCGUGCCGUUUCGCGAGACGCAUCACAUCUCCGGCGCCGCGGUGAAGCUCGCGGAGGACCGCGGGUGCGCUUUGUCCGACCUCACCGUCGGAGAUUUAAAGCCUCUUUGCGACGCGUUCGAGGAGGACGUCGUCGGCGUGUGGUCGUACGAAAAGAGCGCGGAGAGUCGGGACACCGAGGGCGGGAGCUCGCGUCGGAGCGUGCUCGAGCAGUGCGAAAAGUUGAGGCGGUACCUCAGAGACACCGAGGGCGACGUCGACGAGGCGCGAUACGACGGCGGCGCGGCGAGCGCGGCGGCGGGCGUGAGCACGAGCGGCGGCGAGGACGCGGGCGCGCUCGACGCCGCGUUCGACGAGUUCUGCGAGGACGACCCGAGCGCGGACGAGUGCAAGGUGUUCGACUGA